UACUACUACAAGCGACAUUUUGAUAUUUUCCGUGUACGGUGUACCUAUUGAUUGCAAUGCCAGACAGCAAUAUUUAUUAUACAUAGAUCGUUGUUUUAAGUAUUUAUAUUCGUUAAUAUGUAUAUUCACAACAUAUACCUUCCCUGUGUGUAGCAAGGCGCGUACGUGGGCAGUUAUUUGUGUUUAUGAUUGUUUUUCAGCAAUGGCGGUGCCUGAACAGUUUUCAUUGAGGUGGAAUGAUUUCCACGCAAAUUUGGCGCAGUCUUUUCAAGCUUUACUUGAUGGCGAAGAUCUAGUAGACGUGACGUUGGCGGCUGGCGGUCAGUACGUCCAUGCACAUAAACUCAUCUUGUCCGUCUGCAGUCCUUACUUCAAGGAACUCUUUAAGAUGAAUCCAUGUGAACAUCCAAUAGUGAUUCUGAAGGAUGUAGCUCAUCAGGAGUUGAAGCAACUGCUGCAGUUCAUGUACAGAGGGGAGGUGCAUGUGCGGCAGCAGGAGCUGUCAGGCUUCUUGCAUACAGCUGAACUGCUACAGGUCAAGGGCCUCACUAGUGGGAGAGAGAAGAGCGAAUCACCACCGCCCGCUUCCGAAGACUCUUUCACACCUCGAUCGCAGCCAAACGAACCGGCCAAUGAUAGCUUGCCUGAAUGGGUCCAGCCUGAGGAUACACCGACCACUGAGGUCCCUCCCGAAGUGCCAGCUCUGAUACCUAAAGAGGAAGCUACCAGAAGCCCACUGAAACGAUUAAUGAAGAACACGCCGAACAAGACAAGUAGCAACACAAAGAAGAAGCCGCGGCCGGUUAACAACGACAGCCCGUCGCACGCCGAGAACAGCGAGUACGGAUCCGAAGGCGCUUUCAGCGACGGUGCCGGCGAACCCCUGAUUGACUUCGACAGCGACAUGUUUCAUAAUAUAUUGGUUGUCCCCGACUCGGCUAAGGAAACUGGGUGGAACUGCAAGACCGGCGGCGUCAAGUGUCCGUCGUGUCAUCGGUUCUUCGCGAACCGGUACAACCUGAAGGUGCACAUACGCGACAAGCACGACACGCGCGAGGGCACGCUCCAGUGCGAGAUAUGCCAGAAGCGCAUGCGCAACCCGUCGUGCCUGCGCGUGCACAUGUACCAUCAUCGCAAGCAGGCGGCGUACCUGGCGCAGCUGAGCGCGCAGGGCGAUCAGAUGCACGUCGUUCACAACAUGGUCGGCAAUAAGUGGCGUCCGGACAACUUAAACGACUAUCGAGACAUCGAUAACUACACGGCAACCACAACGGCGGCUGAGGUGAACCAGUACGCGCCGGUCGAGGGCGCCGAGCAGCCGGAGCCGAAGAGCGAAGCUAGCGCGGAGGCUGUAUGAUCCAAACCUCGCCGGCCGAGAAACGACGACGAUCUUAUCGACCCCAUUGAAUUAGCCCGAUUGUUCACUCAACAGUGCACUUGGAAAAAUAUGGUAUUCUCCUUCAAGUAAACGUUCCACCAUCCGAAAUGUAUGAAAUCGCAAGUUUUUCGGAACCGUCUUUGUAUUCUGCUAAUUCUGAAAUAUUUAUAUAUGCUAGAUAAGUCUUUCGAGCGCUCAAUUUGAGGUUGUCGUGUUUCUUGGUGCAGCACAAUACGCUGCGCUGUCUUUUACUCUCUCUGUAGGCGUGAGACGUGUUUUUCUCCUUCUGUGUGUACUGGAACUCUAUCUUUCUUAUCGAAUUAUUACGAAUUUAACUGCCUGCGUUUUAUAUCGGCUAGCGAUAUAUCCAAUUAUUUGCCAAUUUCUAUGCUAGAUAUUAAUUCUGUAUGGUUCUAAGUCUUAUAGUGCUUUUUGUAUAAGACAGUAUAGUCUUAGUAAUGCUGUAUAAACGUACGACAAGAUUCUUGCUCUCGUUUAUUAUAUAAUUGGUUACAUUUAUUUAUACAUCGAUUCAUUUGUCAAGUUAUUAUUAAUAAUACUAGUCGUUUUGUUAAAUUUAACGUAUUGCAAGUCCGUACAAGGGAUUAUAUUCUUAUUUUUGAAUCAAGUGUUAAAUCAAUUAUUGAUUGAUUGAUUUAAAUAUUUCUUUCUAAUAGAAAUCUAUUUGCAUGCGAUCAAUUGUGAAAAAACACAAGUGACAUUUUUAAAGUUAACAUUCGAUAUUCGAUAUAUACAAUAAAUUAAUAAAAAUAAAAGUUCAAAUUGAAAGGUUCAAAGGUAAUUAAGGGUAACGCGGAAAGGCUGUCUCUUGAAAUAGAUAAGUUUUUGUAUCUGUAUCUUCUAUAUAGUUUGUCUAUUGACAAUUAAUAUCUAUGACAAUUACGUAAAUGACGUUCUAUUUAUAAAUUUGCACAAUCGAAGAUUUUAUUGCAUAAUGAUUUUGAAUUUCUCACCAACUGUAAAGAAGUUUCGAUAUAAUUUUUCGUUGAUAUUGAAAUCACAGCUUACAGUUAUUUAGCGACAGAAAUUGACAAAUUUUUAUUUACAAUUAAGUUGCGUCGUACAUUAUUUCUAUACAAUGUAAAUUUCAUCUCGAGACCUCUUUACAUUUGUAGUUUUAUUCUCGCUAAUUGUAUUCAAUGUUUACAAUUUCGGGCGUUGACUUCUGCUUGGAAGGUGAUUAACUUUCGUGGUAAGGGAAAUACGACAUUAUUCUCGAAAAAAAAAACACUCGAUUUUAAACUACGAUUACACUCUUCCGCCUAUUAUAACGAAUUAAAUCUUGUAUCACAUUUUCUCACUAUCGAAUAUUUUUGAUAAUUUUUUUUUAUACUUAUGCGAUAGACCUUACCAGAAAAGUUGUAUGUUUGGUAUAACUUAACAUUUGCAAUCAUCUAUCUGCCUAGAAGUCAACGUAUCUUAUAAAGUUGUUAUUAUUAUUAUUUUUUUUUUUUUUUUGUAAAAGACGAAUUUACAUAGAAUGUAAUAUUAUAGAAAGUUUUCCGAACCAGUUUAAUGCAUUCGAUAGUUCACGGUACCUUUUUCUUUAAUGUAUACGUCGUCAAUGUGGAAUCGUGUUUUAUUUUUAUGUAAAUGGGCAUAUUGGUUUACCAAAGGCACUGUUGAGUAAUAUAAUUUUUUUGUUUUCAAUAUACAUUCCACCACAUACGUUCCAAAGACUGAUUUGAACAAAAGUAAUAUAGAAUAUAUACUUAUCAGUUUUAUUUUAUAUAUAUGUAUACAGGAUGUAUCGUUUGUUAGUGACUUACUUAGUUGUAACCAUGGUCUGUACACGGAAUACCAUUUUAAUUUUAAGAAAUAAUCCUGUAUGUCUCGUAUUUUUUUAAUUUAUAUAACGCGAAAUAUUGUAUCGGCUCUCUGUUAUUACUUUAUAUAUAUAUCGAUCACAAGGUUUGCUAUAAUAUGGAUUUACAAGCGAUUUUAUAUUGUUUACUAAAGUACAAUUUAUUGACAGGGCAGCUUUUAAACGUAGGCUAAACAAAGAUGCCAUGCAGUGUACAAAAUGUGUCAGUCGAAAUUAGAUUAUGCUAAAACGUGGUUGAGGGCAGAAAAAAGCAUAACCUCACAGUACAAAAUAUUAUAUUGUGUAUAAUAUUCAUUUUAUAAACGUAUGCUUUACUUAGUUUUAAUUUUACUUUAGGAUCACAUAGUUUUCGAUAUGACAAUCUUUUACGUACAAUUAUUGUUUAGUCUGUGGAUGUAUACAUUUUUUUUUACAUUUUAUUAUGCGUAAUAAGAACAAAUCAUGAUUGAUAGGUAAGGAAAUUUAAUAUGUACCUCAUAAACGACUGUUAAGUUAUAUCUUUUUUUUUUUAAUAUUUCGAAACAUUUACCGCGUUUAUAUUACACAAAAUUUUAACAGUUAAGUUAUGAUUAGCGAUUUAAACAGAUACAUUCCAUUGUUUUAUUUUAUAUGAAUACAUUGAAUUUGCCAUUAUAUUUGAGUACAAUUUUACACGGUCUGGUAUAGUUUUCUCGGUAUUUAUUUCAAGUUAUACUUUACCACGACUCGAAGCUUUAAUUUCUUAAUCAUCCCAUCGUUUAUAAAGUCGACAAAUCGAAUGUUCGAGACGUUAGAUCUAUUAAUUGAGGUGAAUCGGUUAGAGGUAGCUAAAACUCGAGACGUUAUGGAAUCGUAUCACAAAUGGUGGCUCCGUGGUGUCUAUUUUGUAAUGUGCAAGCGAGAUAUCGCGCUAUUCGCCGCCCUUGUGCGAACGAGACGGCAAUGUAAGCCACAAUUUCCGAUUCUAUUAAAAAAUAACGCGGGUUAUAUACGAUGCGGAUAGCGGAACCCAUCUACGUCUGCGUCACGACAUAUACCGUCCUUUUCUCACCUCACAAAUAAGUUAAAGCUUUCUGUAAUUGCCGCCUUUAUUUAGGUCUACUUUCUUUACGAAUAAAAAAAAAAUCUAAGAGCUCAAUGAUGAUGUUGUGACUGUCUUAAGUACUUGUAAUUGACUCCGGCGCCGUGAAGGCCACGGUCACGAAUUAUAUGUACAGCGGAGAUUUUAUGUUAGUGUAACUAAAUCGGUGUAGUUUGCGUUCGAUUUUUUAUAUUUUUUUUUCAAAAUUUUAUAUAUUUUAUAAAGGUUUGGGUAUUUCUAACCAUUAAUUAUAAGGGGUAUAAGAACUAACAUGUUUUUUUUGUCAAGAUUAAAAAAAAUUAUAUCUCUAUACAUUCCAUUAGCUGUAAGAUCUGCAUAAUCAACCUGAUAUGGUAUAAGUAAGUUUUAACAUUAUAUUUAUAGAGUACUCUUAGAGUAAGUUGUCAUUUUAUUAUUAUAUUUUUUGGAUCUGUAAUCCAAUGAGAUUGAUAUGUAAGCAACAUUCCGUACUUUGGUAGCUGUAUUAUAGUUUUUAGCAUUUAUGAAUGUUUUUUACCAAAUUUUUUAUAUACCAAUGCUGUUUACUUUAAUGUGUGGAUACGUGGAGUUCUAUAGGGUCGAGAACAAGCCUCAUCUAAAUAGAUGUAGCUAUUCCGUGUAAAUAAAUGACAAAAUUUAUUAAGCAGUAAUAAAUAUUGAAACUGCAUUAGAGCAAUGAAAUAAAUUUCACACGGGAUCAACUGAAAAAGUAUGAUAUAUCUAAAUAUAAUACUUCGUAUCGAUUUGUUUCUUAGCUUUUGCAUGCAAGGCAAUAAAUUUUGUGCCCGUCUAAUAAAUUUGUCUAAAAAGAUAAGACAUUUCCAUAAUUACAGACAUUUAUAUCCGUUUUUCACGUAAAACAUGAUAUAAAAUGAGAUUUAUAUUGCAUGUCUUCUCGUAAAAUAUGUCAAAAGUCGGUUCUCAUAAGUUUAGAUUUGUUCUCGACUCUAAUAAAACCGCUCUGCAUUACACUCGGGUCUCCGGGGCAAUCUCAGUUUUGCAACUGUGUGUCAAUAGUCUAAGAUUUUGUGUGUUUUAAUACUCAACGCGUCUUAAUUGAUGUACUUGAAACGAUGCGGUUAUUUUUCAUUGGAUAAAGUCGAUGUUAUAUGAUUUUAUUGCAAGUAUAUAAAGAUUUUUUUUUCAAAUGUGGAAGGUAUUGUAGAUUUUUUUAUAGCUGACUUUGGGUAUGUUUGUUUAAAAUUAAUCUGUGUAUAACAUUUAGGGUUUAAUUUAACUCCUAAAAUAUAAAUUGACACACAAAUCGCUCAUAGUACACCACAGUAUUAUAAACAUAAAAUGUAAUUUAAUCUUUUACGCAGUUAAAGUUGUUUGGGAAUGAUCUUAAGAAAACUUCAUCGAUCGUCAUAUAUGGGGCAUAAUAUCCCUUAUGUGCAUUCCUUACAUUUUUCAAUACAAAUGUAUUUCCAGCUUCGCCCAAAGUCAGCCAUCUAUUGUUUAUACAGUAUAACCAAAUAUUUAGGUUGUAUUAUAGUACCCGGAUAGACGGUUCUUUACGAGGACAAUUUAAUAAUUGUUAUUUAAUUUUUGAAAACAUUUUAACAUAGUGCUCAAAUAUUUACUCGUCUAUACGUAUAUCUAGCUGGUCUUUAACCAUGACAAAUUAGAAUAAUCUCAUAGUAAGUAAGUCUGGAGAUACUUCGGUAUGUUUAAAUUCUUGGUGUUUAUAAUGAAGUAUCUCUUGUAUGGUGAAAUCACGAAUACGGGUUCCCACGCUGUGUACACACCGAUGCGCCGUUCUGUGUAGGACCCGUGCAUUCGAUACCUUGUGCGGCCGUUGCUCGGUCUUUUUUGAUCGGUUGAUCAAAUGCGCGAGUCUUACAUCGAACUCUCCCUUGAUUAUCGUUUUGUGUGUACGUAGCGUUGCUACGAAACACGGUCGGGUGAAUGUUGGAGCUUAAUAGCAAAGUUAAUUCUGGAAUUAUUCCGGAAAACUUCAUAUUUGAAUAUAAAUUGCGUAUAAAAUUAUAUACUGUAUCGACCAUCAGAUAUAGCGUGAAUCGAUCGUGUGCGAUUGCAUUUAGAAGGUUUUUGUCGAAGCGAUUUGCAUUUUCAGCAUUUGUAUUUUCAUGCAUUUAAAACGUGUAUUCGUGGUUUCGUCGCAAUAAUCAAUAUACUUAUAAAGUCGAUGUCUGUCAAUUUCCCUGUCGCCAUAUUAUAAUGUGUAUAAGUCUACUGGCAAACGCUAGUAUAGUAUUUCUAUGUAUUUCAUCAUUAGUAUCGAUUAGAACAUACAAUGUAACUUUCAUUCAGGGUUAUUUAUUGCUUCUACAGCGAUUUGUUUGUGUAUAAUUUGCUCUUCUAAAAUUUAAUUUUAGAUGGUUGCAACUAUGCACUGUCCUUUGAUAUCCGUAAUCGAUCCUUGUAUAUGUGUGUGUGAGUGGGCGAAAAAAUUGUAGCUGUGUUCAUGCCAUAUAUUUCAUGGUGCUUAAACUAAAACUUAUUAACCGAAAUUGCCCUUUCCUUAUGAUUUUUAUUGAACAUUCCAUUAAGUAAAAAUCGAUCGUGAGGCGGGUUAAGAAAUUACCCUUGAAAUAUUUUUCAUUUAUAAACCAUUUAAUGAUAUUAAGCUAUAAAUAAAAAUUAAGACAAAUGAUUUAUUUCACCCAGUUGGAUACACGUGUACAAGGACUAGCAAUACAGCUGAGAUGUGAUGGUAGGACACGAAUAUACCUAAUUUAGGUGCGAAAUUCCCCGAAACGUAUGAGAAAUCAAAAUACCCUUCCGAUUAUAAAACAUUGCAACGUCACAUCAUCACAUCCCAGUGUCUUUGAGUAAUUGGCCAAUAUUGUUCACGAAUAGGACAUUAAAAGAGGUGAUAUUAUUCGUCCCAAGAGAUAGAAUCUCGUUAAUAAAAGGCUGCUAUUGUGUCAAACGUUAGAAUGGUAUCAGUAAACAGGUGUAGGAUAAAUUCGUGGGUCCAGUUAGGCGUGAUAGAUCCUGGAUGCUAUCGGGUAGGAGGUGAUAAAUUCGAAAUAUAAUUCAUUAGGCCCAAGGCAAAUGAUUAGAAUGGACGUACGAUUGUUAAAGAUCGCAGGGUGUGUCGAAUUUUUCUGUUAUAAUUCGGGCUUAUUUACAAUGUUGAUCAGCGUCACUGGUCUUUUUAAUUAGUCAGGUGUUUCAAUUUUUGUGUGUGUGUGUGUGGUAAAACACUCUACUUGUAGUAACUGGAAUCAGAUAACAUUUCUGUUAAUACGAACAUAAAAACAGCCAAACAUACACACACAAAAAUAAGUUGAAACAUCUAUGUAUCAUGAUUUGCCUUUGGUUCCCUAAUAUUAUGUUCUUUCGAAUUUGUAUUUAUGAAAUUUUGACAACGAAUGUUUUGCAUUUGAGUUUAAUAAUGCUCUCUACAUUGUGAUGUUUAUAUUUAGCAUUUUUUUUUUUUGUAUUUUGUACGAACAAUUUUAUGGAUGCGGAUUAUUUAUGAGGACGAUGCAGCCGAACCUUAAAAUGGCCACAGAGUUUUCUCGCAGCGCGGGAAAUGGUAACGAUUACAUUCCAUUUUUAAGUGUGUCUCUAACGAUAUUUUAUUUGAUCAUGUUCUCAAAUAUUUCUCGAUGUACUCUUGAUUAUACUCAAAAAUUGGUUUUAAUAUUUUUUACAUUAGCUUUACUUAAAACAAUAAAUUAUAAAUUUGUAAA